UAUCCAGUUCAGUCAGCUUCAUUGAUUUCUGGCAGCCAUGAUUUGGCUUUCACAAAGAUCAGCAAUCUUCGCAUUGUGCUUCUUCUUCGCAGUAAUAUACCUCCCAGCUGCCGAUGCAAAAAUCCACUUGCACAAAUGGGUGGUUGUAACUGUACCAAACCAGAAGUCCUUCUUCAGUUAGUAUCUGCACUCUGGAUUGACCUGCAAAGCCCCGAGCCGUUAGAUGGGUUAAUCACAGCCAUUGAGGCGUAUUCUGCCUUUGGUAUAAAAGGCUACACUUCUGGUCCUGACAUCGUUCCUCCUCCCCCUUUCGGAGAGGAUAGUGGAGGAAAGGAGGGAUCAGAGCAGAGGGUGGUAGAAGAGGUAGAAGAGGUAGAAGAGGAAGAAGAUGAGAUUCCCUCCAACAUUUUGGAGGCGGGGAAUAGGGUAGAUGGGUGUUAUGACCCAAAUUUAGAUAUGGUAUCUGAGGUGAGGGGGUAUGUGAGCGAGUUAGGUAGUAGAGGAAGUCUUAGGGACCUAGUGGACAACUGCAACCUCCCUCACCAUGUCCUAAUUAGGCCUGCCGGGGUGAAUGAGAGGGCAUGCUCAGCACCCCGAGACCAUUGGAUGCCCCUAUAUGUCCAUUAUCUGAUAGCAGGUCUUAGGUUUCCCAUUCCAGAAUUACUGGUUGGGCUAUUAUUAGAUUACAGCAUAGGAAUAACCCAAUUAACCCCAAAUGCCAUAAGGGCUGGGGGUAGGGGGGAGAAGGGGUGGUACUACUUCGAUCCUCUGUCGUCCAGCAAGGAUAAUAGGAAUUUAUUCACUGCUGGACCGUCAUCCAUCAAAGGGUGGAAAGAAAAAUUCUUCUUUGUGGAUGACACCGAGUGGAGCAGGAGGGAUGCCGAGGUAGAGCAGUUGUCUGCUUGGAAAGCUAAGAAAACCAAGCAUAACAACUAUAAAUUAAAUGAGGAUGAGGUGGAGGAGGUGGAGAAGCUGGUGAGGGAGGAAGGAGACGUGGUGGACAUCCUGUACCUCACCAGUCCGCAGGCAAUAGAGGCUGCUGAGCUCUAUGGGCCAAGCUCAUUGAGCGAAGUUGAGAUGGAAGAGUUCACAAAUGCUGCUGGGGGGCUGCGCAUCCCGAAGAAGCCUAGGAAGAAGUCAAGUACUUCAACUGCGGCGGACAAAGGGGUGGCAGAGAAAGAGCGCCUGCCCAGCACUUCUGCUCGAGUACUGGAGAUACAGCCAAGACCAGAACCUGUGAUGGGGGGGAGUGAGGAUGUAAGUGAGGAAGUGGCACCGCUCCAAAGGAAGAAGAGGAAGGUGUCACAACCAGAAGCCAGGGGGGAUCAGGUGGUGGAGUUCGUGCCUCGGCCUUCUCCUCCAGAAACUGAUCCUGAAGUCCGGGAGAGGGAAGAGGCCGUGGUACGAGGUCUUGGCCAAGGCAAGGGGCCCUUUCCUCAACCUUCGUUCCAGAAGAGUUUGUUCGAAGCAACAAACACGACUGGGGCGAAGCACUUCCUCAACUCUACUCUUCCUGAGGUGGAUAGGAUGCAGGUGAAGGACGAGGUGGUUAGCCAUAUGGGGUAUACCGUUGUGAGGCACGCCCUAGAGAGUGCGAGCUGGACAAACGCUCUAGCGCAGGAGUAUGCCGAGAGCAAGGAGAAGGGGGAAUGGGAGAAGCAGAAGAGGGAGAUGCAAAGGAGGCUGGAUGAAGUUCUCCCUUCAGUGACCCAGCUCCAGAAUGAGAAUGAUGUCCUGAGCACGAAGCUUGUCCUCGAAGAAUGUAAGAGGAAGAUCUGUGAGGAGAAGCUCAAGGCUCAGGACAAAUACAUGGACAACAUGAGGAAAGGAGCUGCGGAGCUGAAGAAGAACGUGAACCUGCUGGUUCACAACGGGAUGGAGGAGCACAUUGGCAACUUCCUUAACUCCAACACCUUCGAGAACAUCCUCAAACUCUACUGGCUGCCAAUCGCAAUCGUGGCCUUCACCGACUGUAGAAAGAAGGUGAAGGCUCAGUACCCAAAGGUAGACGUGACAACAGUUACCUUUGGGGAACAAGAAGAAGGGGGGCGCACCAUUUUUCCUCCAGCCUUUGACGCUAAGUUGGUGGCCGUGGAGGGAGAAGAAGAAGAAGAAGAAGCGCAAGGCACCGGAGGUGAGGACCAGGCAGCUCUAGCCGAAGUGCUACCUCCUGAGGUGCAUCCAGUCUCCUCUGACGAAGUGCAGGCGCUGGCCCCUCUUGAAGCAGAAGUGCCACCCCUGCCUGCUGGAGACGAGCCACCUCCACCGCCUCCUCCUGCUGAGGAGCAGCCUCCUCUUGCUGAGGAGCAGCCUCCUCCCUUAGCAGAUUAGCCUAGGAUUUUUUGUUUUGUUUUUGGUAGUUGUGUUUGUAAGUAAUGACAAUUUUGUAAGUGACUUCUACAAAUUUAUAAAAAAAAUUUUAAGUU